AUGGAUCCGCCUCUGAAAGGCUUUUACGCUCGACAGCUUAGGAAAGCUUUAUGUUUCUCCAUCGCAGCAAUUCAUCUUACAGCCCACAUGCUUUUCCUAGGUCUCUACUACAUCCUAAAUCAUGAAUUGAGAAGAUACACCGUCGUUCUACACUUCGACGGUGCCUCAUUCAUAUUCGGAUCUAGUCGAGUAUCUGAAUGUUCGGAUGCGGCUGAGCUUCUCAUCAAACACAAAGCUAAAUAUGCACUGCUCGUCCAAUACGACCUUGUCUGCGAUUCCGCUUUGUCAUUUUCGGUGGCUCUCCAAGACGGAGUUAAUGCACGCAAGCAUCUUGUUUAUUUGGGUAUCUCUCCAUCUAAAAUCGUCAUUUCGGGAGAUUCUGCUGGAGGAAACAUUGCAGUUGUGUUGUUAAGACAUGUUUCUGAGGAGGAAUCAGAUGGUGGGAAUGGUUAUUUCUUACCCAAUCUUGUCAGUUACACAUUGUGGGGUUCAUCUAUUGAUCUCCCGUCUCAAACUUGUGCCCAUAUAGAUACGCAUCGGGAUUACAUAACAGAUCACCUAGCGGGCCUCACAUUAGAAUGGGGUAUCAAUCUAUAUUUCCCAGAUCUGAUGGAAGUCACGGAUUCUUGGUUCUCAUUACUACUCUAUUCAUUCCCCACACCAGUACCAAUACGGAUGGUGACUGAAAGGCAAAGGGAGAUACUUAGCCAUACAAUCGUUGAGUUUGCAGCGGAGACGAAGGAAGUAGAGGGUAAUAAAGUGGAGUUGCAUGAAAUCUAA